UUUACCAUCUCUUUACGUCACAGCUUGAUUGUGAGACACUAACCAACCCUUCUCUCUCUCUCUCUCUCUCAGCAAAACUUUCCACCUGUUAGACCGAGACAGUUGCAAAGUCUUUGUGCACACACCUCCUCUUUAUUACUCUUCCUUCUUCCUCUUCCUCUGUUUCUCACUCCCAACUCAACUAUUAACCUCUGCAUGGCUUUUCUCAACAACUCUCUACUUUUUCUCUUUGUCUUGUUUUUCCUUCUCAGCUCUCUUGUUGUUCAUGGCCGCUUCGUGGUUGAGAAAAACAACAUCAGGGUUCUGUAUCCUCACAAGCUAAGGUCCAAACGUGAUGCUGCCAUCGGAAACUUUGGCCUUCCAGACUAUGGAGGAUUCAUCGUUGGCUCUGUGGUUUACCCUGAUAAAAACUCUCAUGGAUGUCAACUCUUUGAUGGGGAUAAGAGCUUCAAGUUUCGCUCUUAUCGCCCCACUAUCCUUCUCCUUGAUCGUGGAGAGUGUUAUUUUGCCUUGAAGGUAUGGCAUGCACAACUAGCUGGAGCUGCAGCAGUUUUAGUGACGGACAGCGUUGACGAGUCUCUGAUAACCAUGGAUUCUCCUGAGGAGAGCAAUGAUGCAGAUGGAUACAUAGAGAAGAUUGUAAUUCCAUCAGCUCUAAUAGAGAAAUCCUUUGGUGAUGUGUUGAAGGAAGCUUUAAAUAACAAAGAUGAAGUUUUGCUAAGAAUGGAUUGGAGAGAGUCAGUACCUCACCCUGAUAAUAGAGUUGAGUAUGAGUUCUGGACCAACAGCAAUGAUGAAUGUGGAGCUCGUUGCGAAGAACAGAUGAAUUUUGUUAAGAAUUUUAAGGGUCAUGCUCAGAUUCUUGAGAGGGGUGGUUAUACCUUAUUCACUCCACACUAUAUAACUUGGUUUUGUCCGCAGCCCUUCAUUACUAGCAGUCAAUGCAAGUCUCAAUGUAUAAACCAUGGGAGAUAUUGUGCCCCGGAUCCAGAGAAGGAUUUUGGAGAGGGCUAUGAUGGGAAGGAUGUAGUGUAUGAAAAUUUGAGGCAGCUCUGUGUUCAUAGAGUUGCCAAUGAGAGCAACCGUUCGUGGGUCUGGUGGGAUUAUGUAACAGAUUUUCAUGUCAGAUGUUCUAUGAAGGAGAAAAGAUACAGCAAAGAGUGUGCUGAUGAUGUCAUGAAAUCAUUAGAUCUGCCUAUUGAGAAAAUUAAGAAAUGCAUGGGUGACCCUGAAGCGGAUGUGGAGAAUGAAGUGCUAAAGAAUGAGCAACAAGUUCAGAUUGGGAGAGGAUCUCGUGGUGAUGUCACCAUCUUGCCAACAUUGGUUAUAAACAAUGUCCAAUAUAGAGGAAAAUUGGAGAGAAUUGCUGUCCUGAAGGCUAUAUGCGCUGGAUUUAAGGAGACUACUGAACCUCCAGUUUGUUUAAGUGGAGAUGUUGAGACUAAUGAGUGUCUUGAAAGAAAUGGAGGAUGUUGGCAAGACAAGAAUGCUAACGUAACUGCUUGCAAGGAUACUUUCAGGGGAAGAGUUUGUGAGUGCCCUGUUGUGAAAGGUGUUCAGUAUAAGGGUGAUGGUUAUACAUCAUGUGAAGCUUUUGGACCUGCAAGGUGUGCUAUAAACAAUGGAGGUUGUUGGUCAGAAACUAGAAAUGGAUUAACUUUCUCGGCUUGCUCAGAGUCCAAGGUAAAUGGCUGUCAGUGCCCAGUUGGUUUCCGUGGGGACGGUAAUAAAUGUGAAGAUAUUGAUGAAUGUAAGGAGCGAAGUGUUUGUCAGUGUGAUGGCUGCAGCUGCAAGGACACUUGGGGUGGUUAUGAUUGUAAGUGCAAGGGAAAUCUUGUAUAUAUAAAGGAGCAAGAUGUUUGUAUUGAAAGAAGUGGCUCAAGAUUUGGACGGGUCCUUGCCUUUGUGGUCAUAGCAGUGGUUGUGGGGGCUGCUCUAGCUGGUUACAUAUUCUACAAAUAUAGGCUCCGGUCUUACAUGGACUCAGAGGUCAUGGCUAUCAUGUCACAAUACAUGCCACUCGACCAGCAUAACAAUGAAGUUCACUCUGAAGCUCAGCCUUUACGACAACAAGGCACGGUGUAAGACAUAAUAAGGUAAUAAUAGGCAAAGGAUCCCGUUGCACUGUAGAAUCCACAUGAGAGAUGGAUUAUAAGCAGGAUUGGCUAUAUGCAUUUGAAUCAAUUUGACAGUGAAGGAAGAUCCAGUACUUUACUGUAGGAUAAUUAUGUGAAAUAUUACAUGCAUACAGAAAAUUUCUUCAUAGAAUAAUAUCCAGUUUUCAGAGUUUGUAAAUAGAACUGAUGAGAUGUAAAUGUUCGCCUUAGAUAUAGUAUAAGGAUUCAUGUGAUGUCGGGGUACAAUUUAUGACGACAUUGAUACAAUAAGUUGCCAAUACAAGUACAUUAUUACUCUGGCUCUUAUGUAUGGUCCAGAAUAUAAUCUAUGGUUCA